UUGGCAUGUAGACUACUUGGCAAAUGACAGGCUAACCAUUAGCCACAUACAAAUAAAAACACAGCUAAAUAACGCAUUUAAUUGGCGACUUGGCGUUCAAUUCUCAAAAACAAGAACCCAACUAUUAGUUCAUUGUGCUACUGAAAUAAAUAAUACUGUGACCGGGGUUGGUAUGGAACGCUCUUGAGCUAGCAGGAUAGCUAUAGUGUUGCUAAUAACAGUUAGCAUGUAUUAGGAUGCUGGAAUGAAUCUCUCAUGGAGAACCUAACCCGGACUGGAUCGGGAUGAUACUCCCUGAAACCGAAUGAGCCGACGACUUUAUGCAUCGUAGCGCUUGGACAAGAAAGAGUCAAGAUGUACCCAAGCUCUCAACAUCCCAUCAAGUCCGGCUUCAACACAAACUGCAGCGUCCCCGAGCUGCUGACCGCCUUGUGUGACAGCAGCCUGGCCGGUGUGUCGUGGAAGCGUCGGGCCCUUGGAGGCGUCUCAAGAGAAGGUUUUCGGAGAGCUCUGAAGAAGCGAGCCUACGGUGCUCUGCUGUCCAAGCUUUUCCAGAGUGCCGCCAAAGCACCUGCCUUGUCGGGCGUCACGGUGAACUCGCCUCCAAGGAACAGAGUCCUGAUGAUAUGUUUUGACCUGAGAGUGGCAGGCUGCCGGGAAGAGGCAGAGAGGCUGGAGGAGCUGCUGGAGAAGCUUCCGGACGGGGCGUCCUCCGGCUUGAACGAGGUAGAUUCGAUCCUCGAGCUCCUGGUGCACCUGGCUGGCUCCACACCUCCGCCGCCACCCUCCUUCAGUCGGGACUACAUGAGGCGGGAGAGGCCCGUGCUACGGAGGCCCGCGCCCUGGCCCUACCAGUGUGAGGAGCUUCAGAGGCUGGAGGCCUGUGCCUGGGGGCUCGUAUGUGGGGAGGAAUGGGCGUCCUUGGAACGCUUGUGUGAGACUCAGAACCUGAUGGAAGCUCAGCCGUGCGCGGGCUUGCUGACUCUCAAGACUAGAAUGGAUGCGGAGGAAAGAUUUGAAAAGGACACCAGGUUGACCUUGUUUGGAGCCUUGCAGCACACUCGAACUUCAGACUUGGAUAUCAAAUUGGGCCUUCCUCCUGUGCCCAGCAACAUAGAUGUAACUGGACUUGCCAUCAGGGUUCCACCAUGUUUGGAUCAGUCUGACGAUGAAGGUUUCCAAUCUGCCUCCAACCUGACGCCGGACUCUCAGUCAGAGCCUAGCCCCGUUCCUGAGGUGGACAUGUGGGAGGCUUUGCGGACGUUCGAGCCCGGAUUGCGCUGCUGCUGGGAGUCGGUCGGCUGGCCACCGGGCAGGAGAGAGUCUCUGUACCUUAGCGAGAGUGGCAGAGAGGCCUUUGACCAGCUCUAUCGCCUCUGGGAGGGCGAAAUGAGGGUGGUCAGUGGAAGCGUACCUUCCCCGCUCAUCCCACUGCCUGUUGACUCUCAAGGGCAGCUCGUGGGAGACCUCCUGAACGUGCUGAUUGGUGUGGCGUCCACCACCUUUCCUCUCAACCAGAGCGUCCAGUUCGACGUCCGCCCUGGCGUGUGUGUGUCAGGAGUCUCUCCGGAAAGUGUCUCUCGUCUUUUGGGAGAGCUGGCCCAGUAUGGCACCUACUACCUGAGGCUCAGUCGCUUUUCUCUGCAGAGCCCUGAAAAGAAGGGCCUUGUCUUCCAGGCGUUCACAGGGGGUCUGAGAAAGUACUUGCAUUACUACCGAGCAUGUGUUCUCAGCACUCCUCCGAGACUCAGCCUGCUGACCAUUGGUUUCCUCUUCCGCAAAGUUGGCCAACAGCUCAGGUAUCUGUCAGAACUGUGCCAUGUGGACGGCCCUCUGGGUGGCGACCGGGCCGCCUUCCCUGUGGGCGUGAAACUGCUCUCCCACCUGUACAACGAAGCCCAGAACAACUGCAGCAAUGAGAACUACCCAGUUCUGCUCUCGCUCCUCAAGAGUAGCUGCGAGCCGUACACUAGGUUCGUAUCCGACUGGGUGUACAGCGGCGUGUUUCGAGACGUUUAUGGCGAGUUCAUGAUCCAAGUCAAUGAAGAGUACCUCAGCUAUAGAGACAAACACUUCUGGUUUCAAGGAUACACUUUGAUCUCAAAAGACGUAGAGGAGUGCGUCCCUGUUUUCCUGAGGCACAUCGCGAACGAUGUGUAUGUCUGUGGCAAGACCAUCAACCUCCUUAAAAUAUGCUGCCCUCAGCACUACAUUUGCUUGUCAGAGCUUCCCGUGCCACGCAUCGCCGUCACCUUCUCCCUGCAGGAAGUGGAGGGAAUUGAGAGAGACUGUGCCGUGUACCGCGGCCGCAUGGAGAGAAUCGCCAAGCACAGCGCUGUCAGCCGGGAAGUGCAGGCCCAGCGAGCGGAGGAGGCACGCCAGGAGCUGAUCAAUCAGGUCAGAGCGUCAGCAGCCAAAACCCUGGAGAGCAUCCGCGGCCGCCAGGUGUCACAGCGUCUGUCUGAGGAGGCCAGGAAAAGGGAGCGGUUUGAGGAGCUAAAGCAGCAUCUGGAACAGGAGCAGCAGUGGCGCAGUAUGGCCAAGAAAAAGCAUGAGGAAGAUGAGUUCAGCUUCGCCAGAGAACUGAGGGACCGGGAAAAGAGACUCCAAGCGCUAGAGGAGCAAUUGGAGCAGAGAGCCAGGAAGGAGCUGAUCGCCCAGUACAGCCACCUCUCAGAAGAAGCGGCACGUAAGGAGCGACGAGCCUUGUGGAGGGCGCAGAGGAUGAGACUCAACGAGGCUCGAUUGCAAUUUUUCGCGCUCAACCAGCAACAGUUACGGGACAUAUUGAAGAAGUAUCCUUUGGGUCAAGAGAGACCUCCAGCUUCACCAACUUGGGACUUGCUCGCACCGGAAAUUCCCACCGAGCAGUGUCUGAAAAUGAAAACAGAGGCGCCUCAAGAAUCCGAACCGUCUCAGACAAUGGACAUGAAUGCCUUCAUCUCUGGCGAUUCGCGUGUGGGGUCACCAGACCCUGACUAUACCCAGCAUUUGGAUGCAGCCCUGCGGGAAAUCGGCUCAGACAUUCCUGAGGCCUGUCCCACUGCACAGCUUAUAGACUAUGAUUUCAGCGCCCUCUUCAGUCCGCUUAAAGGAAUCGCUGGGCGGCAAUCGCCAGCCCGCCUCAGGCCUCCUUGUAGUUCUACUCUUCUGCAGCCAGAUGUGAUCCACAACCAUCCCUCCUUUUCCCACUUUCCCGUAGGGGAGAACGUGCCUCUGAUCCACAACAGCCUCCCCGCGGCUAGUCCCUUUGGCAUUGUUACCAAAUCUAACAUCUCCCUAGAACAGUACGUUCCGGAGAUUCCUCAAAACGAAUCCAAAGCUAAUGGGCCGACUUCUCAGGAUGUUAUGCGACUAGGACAAGGUGACAGUUACUUAAAUGUGGAGCAAAGCCAGGUUCCGGAAUUACAGGAAGAUGUGGCUAAGAAAGAUGAAGAGCAUCCUUUACUACAAGAAAAACUUGGCAUUCUUUGUAAUUGUAAAGAGGUUUGUUCUUCAAAGGCAUAUUCAAACCUGAGUACCCCUCAAACUUUGCACACUCCUAUGUCACAUCCCUCAGAUUCACACAUCAAGAUUGGCGAGCACGUCUCGGACAUCGAAACCCCUAACCCUUCCCCGAACGUCCACGGGCACUCCUCGCAUUCUCACAUCAAAGUUGGAGAAAAUGUGUCAGACUUUGUGCAGUCACUUCCUGUCCGAAACCUCCACGGUCACGCCUCGGACUCCAACAUGAAAAUUGGAGAAAAUGUCUCGGAUGUUGUCUCUUCACUUCCCUCUCCUGGCCUCUACGGUCACGCCUCCGACGCCCACAUCAAAGUGGGCGAACACGUUUCGGACGUUUUUUCUCCGCUGCCCGUGCCGAGCAUCCACGGGCACUCAUCGGAUGCUAACAUCAAAGUGGGCGAGUUUGUCUCGGACGUGUCCGAAGCUAAGCCUCGAUGGAGCAAGUACGGCCACGCCUCCGACUCUACUCUUCAGAUAGGCUGCGUGAUUUCAGGCGAGGUACCGAGUUCAGCACCCCUAAGAGGUGCUCACGGCCACAUCUCCAAUUCCAACUUGGGUGUCGGCUGCGUGGUCACCCAGAGCAACCCCCAUCCAUCCCCGUUGCCCGGCAGUCAAUACGGACACUCCUCGGACUCAGCUUUGGGGGUUGGUUGCGUGGUGUUGGACGCGAUACCACACGUACAGCUAGAUAGCGGGAAAGGAUGUGAAGUGGCUGAACAAAACCAGGAUGUAAAAGCUGGUGAGGCAGAGACGCAUGAGCAGCAGGCGGAGGCCAGCAGAUUUGUAUUAUCACCUGGAGAGAAGUCGGAACAAUAUCUCGAGGCUUUGUCUGCUCAGUACCAAGUGGAACACUAUGAAGACUGUUACAGCCUCAUGGCGUCGUCCCCUGAAUGUCAGCUGCUCAAACACGUGACCCGUGGUCCCCUAGCGCAGUCCGCCCUGCGCCACGCACCCGACGACUCAUCCGUGCACCUCAGCGAGAUGGUCUCCCUGCCGGUUCUGAUCAAACACUCGGUCACCGCCCCGCUCAUCACGCACGUGUCGCUGGUCAACAAAGCAGUGGUAGACUACUUCUUCGUGGAGUUGGGGGUGGAGCGCCACUUUGAGGCACUGCGCCACUUCUUGCUGAUGGAGGACGGCGAAUUCGCGCAGUCGCUUAGCGAUCGGCUAUUUGAAAAGCUGGGAAGUGGUCAGACCCCCGGCGAGCUUCUGACCCCGCUGGUGCUCAACUCCAUCCUCAGCAAGGCGCUGCAGUACAGCCUUCACGGCGACACGCCGCUCGCCGCCAACUUCACCUUCGCCCUGCGCUUCCUGCCCGAAACCUUCCACCCGCACGCCCCCGAUUCCCUCAACUGCUUGGAACUGCGGUACAAGGUGGACUGGCCGCUCAACAUCAUCAUGACGGACAGCUGCCUGAACAAGUACAACCGCCUAUUCUCCUUCCAGCUCCAGCUCAAGCACAUGCUAUGGAGCUUGCGAGACGUCUGGUUCCACCUCAAGAGGACUGCGUUAGUGAAAGGCGCAGGACACUCGGUGCAAUUCCGCCAACUGCAGCUGUACCGCCAUGAAAUGCAGCACUUCGUCAAGGUCAUCCAAGGGUACAUCGCCAACCAGAUCUUGCAGGUGUCGUGGAGCGAGUUCACCGCUAAGAUGGCCACCGCCUCCGACCUGGACGCCAUCCACCGCACGCACGCAGACUACCUCAACAGAGCCAUCUUCAGGGCUCUGCUGACGGAAAAAGCCGCUUCGGUGAUGAACAUCAUCCACAGCAUCUUCAGCUUGAUCCUAAAAUUUCGCGCGCAGCUGAUCGCGCUGCCUUGGUCCAGCCAGCAGGGGGAGGCGGUACACCCCAGCUUCAUCGCCAUGCAGCAGUCGUACAACACCUUCAAAUAUUACUCGCACUUCCUAUUCAAAGUGGUGACUAAGAUGGUGAACAGAGGCUAUCAGCCCCAUUUGGAAGACUUCCUACUACGCAUCAAUUUCAAUAACUACUACAAGGACUCUUGAAGGACGGGAAGAAAAAGACGCACACGCUCAGUUGAAGAAAUAAUGGGCCUGAUAGGCGUUGUUGUUUUAUUGAAAUCUUUAAACAUUGAUGUUUUCAUUGAUGUUGUAGAAAUUAAAUAAACAGAUUUUGUCAUAUUUCUCUUGACAAAAGUUAAUUUACUACCAUUGUGUACGAUAUACAUACAAAUUGAACUGGGAGGGGUGGCUAUGAAUGACCAUGUUGUUUUGUUUACAAAUGAAAUUUUCUAGUUUCAUAUGAAGGUCAGUUAUGUAAAAGUUUUACAUCAUUUAAUCUUUUAAGGAAAAUCGCUUUUAAUUAAUAUUAUUACUAGGGUUGUUCCGAUCAUGUUUUUUUGCUCCUGAUCCGAUUCCGAUCGUUUUAGUUUGAGUAUCUGCCGAUCCCGAUAUUUCCCGAUCCGAUUGCUUUUUUUUGCUCCCGAUUUAAUUCCAAUCACACCUGAUAAUUUUUCCCAAUCAUGUACAUUUUGGCAAUGCAUUAAGAAAAAAAUGAAUAAAACUCGGAUGAAUAUAUACAUUCAACAUACAGUAUAUAAGUACUGUAUUUGUUUAUUAUGACAAUAAAUCCUCAAGAGGGCAUUUACAUUAUUAACAUUCUUUCUGUGAGAGGGAUCCACGGAUAGAAAGACUUGUGACUUUGUAUAUUGUGACUAAAUAUUGCCAUCUAGUGUAUUUGUUGAGCUUUCAGUAAAUGAUACUGUAGCCAUGGCCAAAUGCAUGAUGGGAAGUGGAACCAUGACUGUGCGUAGUGCUACCAAUUGAUAUAUCUUCUCUGGGUUGGGAAAUAAAAUAAGGUGUUAAGAAAAAUCAAUUGCUACCUUGCUUCACUAGGCUAAUUCACUCUAUUCAUUAUACGAUGCCUUUUAUCUCUCUAUAUUGGUAAAACGGCGUCAUUACAGAUUGAGCGUGACAAUGCGUGAGUGGGUUUUGCAGUGCAUGCAUCAAUUGUGUUAAAUAUUUUAACGUGAUACAUUUUUUAAAAAAUGAAUUACCGCCGUUAUCGGGAUAAAUUUGACAACCCUACCUUAAGCCUAAACUAAAGACUCUGGAUUAUUGUAACAUAUUAUGUCUGUAACGUUAAAUACAAUUAGAAAACGAUUUAAUUUUUUUGCCGAUUCCGAUACUUUGAAAAUGACGUGAUCGGACCCGAUUGAUUGGAACAUCUCUAAUUAUUUCCACAAUACUAGUCUGUAUUUAAAGUUUUGAUUUAGUAUAUUAAUUUCAACUCAUUGAUAGGCCAACCCACCUGUUCAAAAUGGAUUAGACCUCUAGUGCCGUCAAUGGCAGGCAAUAAGUUAUUUGGGGAAUAUUAAAAAUUCUCUUCCUUAGUUACAUAUUAAAAAUGUACUGAUUAAAUCCACUCUCAAAUAUUUCUUAAAAUAUAACAAAUCCAAUGUUUUUUAUUUUUCAGUUUUUGUUGUCAAUGGCUAUUUUCUAAGCUAUUUAAAUCAUUUGUAUUAAUAAAAUCUCAAAAAAAGACGGCUUGCAAGUCAUCAGUUUUUUUUUUUAUGUUCUAAAAGUAAAGACUUUUCAUUGUCAUUGUAGCUUAAAUGUAAAAAUUUGGGCUGUCAAAAUUAUCGCGUUAACGGGCGUUAAUUUUUUUAAUUAAUCACGUUAAAAUAUUUGACGCAAUUCACGCAGAUGCCCCGGUCAGACAUUUAAAUGACGGUACAGUGAAACGCUCACUUGUUAAUUGUGUUAUAUGGAGUUUUGCCGUCCUCUGCUGGCGCUUGGGUGCGACUGAUUUUAUAGGCUUCAGCACCCAUGAGCAAUGUAAGUAAUUAUUGACAUUAGAGCUGUCCCGACUAGUCGACAUUGUUGACGUCAUCGAUGAUGUAAAUCCGCCGACGAGCACAACAUCCCGUCGACGGUUAAUGAAGGGUUAAAAAAAUAUAUAUGCGUGGAAAGUUCCGAAUGUCGGACGCUUGGUAUGCAAGCGGGGAAAUCGGCACAAAGUCAAAAAAGCGCACCAGACAUUGACUUAUUUUUAAAGAAACAAGGACACUGUUGUGUCCUGUCUCUUCAAUGCCAAGCUUGGCUGCACGUCGGCCGUGAAUGAUAACGACAGGAGAUUGUUAGUCCAUCUAACUAACUAAUGAUAUGUUUUAUUGAAGUUGCCAAGCCUGUCGCGAUAUGCAAUGAUUCCAUUUAUCGCAUGGUAAAUAAAAAUGAGGGCGGUCAUUUUCACGGCUGCGUUUUAUCGCUGCGCGCGCGUGCGUGCAUACAUUUGUGCGUGCGUGCUGAUAGCAUAUGAUACUCCAGUUCUUUUCUGUCAUCAACACGCUGUAGAAUUAAAGUUCAGACAUACAAAAUAAUAAAAAACAUCUAUAUUAAACACUAUAUACGUUAGCAUUGCUACAUUGAGGUGAAUGGGGAAAAAGACGACCUACUUUAGCCGGCUAUAAAACAGGCAGCCUUGUCCAAAACUUGCAGUUAAAAGGUGACACUUCAAACAUGAAAAAUCGCUGGUUAACAGCAUUUGCAAAAGGAAAAAAAAAUCUAUUACAGACACCACAUGUAAUGACAAAAGUGUUUUUUUUUUUUUGCGGAAUCUAAAGCACAAGUUAGCGGUUUAGCGAGUGUACUUCCGGUGAACAUUUCAAAAUAAAAGCAUGUCAUGUUCGUCAUAUAAAUAACAAUUUCUGGAGUUAAUCCCACAUACUUCAGAUUCUAUACUAAGAAUACCUUUAAAAUGACACCCUUUAUGAAAAGUCUGAUUGGCAAUGAAUAAUUAUCAUAAUACUAAUAUAUAUUACUACACUAUACUAUAAUAUUAAUGCUAGGUAUUUUUUUUUAAAUUGUUUUGAAUCAUGUUGGAACGGUGAAGUCAGUGUUCUGAAUCUGUUUACAUUCCAUUCUUUUGCACUAGUUAAUUCUAUCAGCAUUUGAACUCAUUGUUUGUGAUUUAUUAUUGUUAUUUAUUUGUUUAUUUGUACUUUAAUAAAGAAUUUAAGUGUAACAAAAAUUUCAUUGCUAAAUUAGUAAAAAAAAAAAAAAAAAAAAAAAAA